CAGGAAUAGGAUCUUCAUGUGCUGUUCUAACCGUAUCAGCAGGCCACCAUGCCUCCGACCGUGGCUGAACACUACGAAGGAGAGCAGAAGAAGGAACGCGAGCGAAUUGUCAAGAAUACUGCGCAGAACUAUGAUACAGCAAAGAAAGAGUCAGAAAGUUCUGGAGCUCGGCUCGGCUGUGGUGCAGGGUGGGUGACCGCGCAGGCCGCCUCUCAAGUCGGGCCCGAAGGCUGUGUUGUUGCUAUUGAUGCAAGUGGAGGAUGUCUUCGUCAAGCAUCCAUCACCGCCACCCUCCGGGGAUUGCAGAACAUCCAGUUCCUAAAAGGAGAUAUGCAUGACCUCAAGCAAUUUCCUCGCCUUCAGAGUUUGGAAUUCAAGACAUUUGAUCGGAUCCUUCUACUGUGGGUGAUGCAGGUGGUUGCGCCAGCCAAACUGAAGCAGUUUCUCCACCAUCUAGCGCAGUAUCUCUCUCCUGGGGCCAUGAUCAUCUUUAGCGUGGACCACGAGCAUCGCGAACUCGCCUGUCUUGACGCGCUUCCCUUUGAUGGAACAGAUCCUGAUGAGUUGCACCUGCUAAUUGGCGAUGGAAGAAGCUUCAAGGAGGCACGCAAGUUUGCAAAGAGCAUGGUGAAAGAGGCUGGUUUGGAGGUAGUGGCAAUGGACGAUUGCUAUCGGGACGGCCGUUAUAAGGAUUGUGCUGCGGAGAUCCGUGCAGAAGCCAAUAUAGCAUGGCAGAAGGACGGGGGUACCGGCAAAGAGUGCUCACGACUCUACCUUGAAUUCUUCAAGCGCAGGGAGGUGACAAAUAUCAUGGAAACCCGGAGGAAAUAG